AGAUGACAGAACAGUUUCUCUCAUCCUCAAAACGCUCGCGUGGGUCCCACUUGAAUUAGACACGUAGGUCUCAGUGCGUUCUGCGCCAGAACACGUGGCGCUCACUCGUCUGUCGUUUUCGUGCCGAGAGAGUGCGAAAGCGAAAGGAGAACCUGAUGCAGUUGAGAGAUAGAGUGUCAAUUCAGGUAGAGAAUCUGUGGGCGGCGGCCAUGGAUGGCUUCAAACUUUCUGAUUCUUUGAAAGAGCAAAAGAUUUAAAGAGCUUCUUCUUCCUUGUUUUCUUGGCUCAAAUUCUAGGGUUCUUUUGUCUGUUUUUAUUCUUCGAUUUCAAAAAACAAAAAAUUCUCCGGUUCUUUACUCGUUCGAGCUUGUUUGGAAGAGGAGGAAGGGUAGAUAAUCUACUUUUGACUCAGAAGAUCACUGUUGACCAACGGAGAUGGGUACUUUAUAUGGCUUGUGAAAGUGGAAUAUAGUAGUCAUUGUGCUUGGAUGGAUUUCUUUGCAUUGAGCAGUAUCUGGACGAGGAUUUUUUUGAAAUUAGCUGGAUUUUGUACAUUGUAUGUCAUGCAUUGAUCAUGGAUGACACUGAAAGGCUUAAGGAAAAGGCCUUCUCAAAUGGUGAUGUCUAUGUUGGCAACUUUGAAGGAGCACUUCCCCAUGGCAAGGGAAAGUAUACAUGGUCAGAUGGAACCUUCUAUGAAGGUGAUUGGGAAGAAGGGAAAAUGAUGGGUAAAGGACAGAUUAUGUGGUUAUCAGGAGCAAAAUAUGAGGGUGAUUUUUCUGGGGGUUACCUUCAUGGUUCUGGGACCUUUAUCGGAUCUGAUGGAUCCGAAUAUAGAGGAGCAUGGAGGAUGAAUAUACAGGACGGAUUUGGGAGAAAGCGAUAUUCUAAUUCAGAUAUUUACGAAGGUUCAUGGAAGGAGGGACUGCAUGAAGGUUGUGGUAGGUAUACCUGGAAUAGCGGAAAUACAUACACUGGGAAUUGGAAACGUGGGAAAAUGUGUGGUAGAGGGGUAAUGAAAUGGGCAAAUGGCGAUGCCUAUGAUGGGUAUUGGUUAGAUGGGUUUAGAAAUGGUUCAGGAGUUUAUAGGUAUGUGGAUGGGGGAUAUUAUUUCGGGACAUGGAGUAGGGGCCUCAAGGAUGGGAAAGGAACAUUUUAUCCCACUGGAACUAGACAUCCAUCAAUGAAAAGAUGGAGCAGCUCCGUAGGAUUCGAUGAUAGUGGAAGAAGUGUGUCAUCUCAAAGUUGUUCACUAGAUAUGGAGGAAUGCAAGACUGCAAGACCAGAUGUUAACCGCAAUGUUUCUGAGAAAAUUUCAGUUGGUAAAAUUUCAAGAAAAUCAGGUCGGAUAUCAAACAGGACUAAGUCAUUAGAUGACAGUUGGAGCCUCUGUGAUCCUGCAGAGGAUCUUACAUGUCAUGACAUCUCAAGCAGAUUCUCCCAUGCUUCUGAUCUUGGUCUAACUGAGGUGAAGGAUAACAAUGCUGUAAUAUAUGAAAGAGAAUACAUGCAAGGAGUUUUGACUAAAGAGAGAAUCAGUUAUUCUGCUGAACUAUCACACAAAACUAAGAAAAAUAAUGAGUUUCGUGUGGAAAAAGUAAACGGACGUUCAUGUGUAGACAUUUUUAACAGUCGCCGGAGCUACUAUUUAAUGCUGAAUUUGCAACUUGGUAUCAGGUACACUGUUGGCAAGAUAACACCAGUGCCAAAGCGUGAAGUUCGAUCUUCUGAUUUUGGAGAUCGAGCAAGAAUAAGAAUGUAUUUCCCCAGAAAGGGUUCCCAGUUUACACCACCUCACUAUUCUAUUGAUUUCUAUUGGAAAGAUUAUUGCCCUAUGGUAUUCAGGAAUCUGCGGGAAAUGUUCAAAUUGGAUGCUGCAGAAUACAUGAUGUCAAUUUGUGGUCACGAUGGCUUAAGGGAAGUUUCCUCACCAGGGAAAAGUGGCAGUAUAUUCUAUCUUUCUCAUGAUGAUAGAUUUGUGAUCAAGACAUUAAAGAAACCAGAGAUUAAGGCCCUUCUCAAGAUGCUGCCUGAUUAUUAUAGUCAUGUUAAUGAUCACGAAAAUACUCUCAUAACAAAAUUUUUUGGAGUUCACCGGAUAAAAGUAAGAAGUGGAAAAAAGGUACGCUUUGUGGUCAUGGGUAACAUGUUUUGUACAGAACUGCGAAUUCAUCGUCGUUAUGAUCUAAAGGGAUCAACUCAAGGAAGAUAUACAAAUAAAGAUAAGAUUAAAGAGAAUACCACUUUAAAAGAUCUUGAUCUGUCUGAUGAAUUUCUUAUGGACAAGUUGUUGCGAGAAUCCCUUUUCAAGCAACUUUCUCUAGACUGCUUGUUCUUAGAAUCUCAAGAUAUAAUUGACUAUAGCCUUCUGCUUGGAUUACAUUUUAGAGCUCCUGAGCAUCUUAAGGCUUUUACAGAACCCCCUGCUACAGUGCCCAGUCAAGAUAAUUCACCACCUGCCGAUGGUGUAAGUUCACAAGGGGAGCUCUUGAUUCCUCCAAAAGGCCUGAUCCUAGUAACCCAUGAACCCAGCUCUGUCAACAUUGCACCAGGUCCUCACAUCAGAGGAAGUACAUUGAGAGCAGAUUCUGUAGGUGACCAGCAAGUUGAUCUUUUGCUGCCUGGUACUGGAAGGUUACGAGUGCAACUUGGAGUAAACAUGCCAGCUCAGGCCAGCCGCAAGCUUCUGCCGGCUGAUGUUGAUUCAGCAGAAGUUGAACUCUUUGAAGUUUAUGAUGUAGUUCUAUACAUGGGCGUAAUUGAUAUAUUGCAGGAGUACAACAUGAAAAAGAAGGUUGAACAUGCAUACAAAUCAUUGAAAUUCGACCCCCUUUCGAUUUCUGUCGUAGAACCCAAGACUUAUGCUAAAAGAUUCAUUGAUUUCCUGAAGAAAGUCUUCCCUGAACAACCAUGAGUCACACACCGUGGUGUUUUCUCUUUGCACCUCUUCCCCACACUCUUAUUGUAAGUAAUGUUUUUUGUUCUCUCUACUUUGGUAUUAUUGCUUUUCUUCCCUUGUUUACACAUACAAUUCUUUUGUAAUCGUUUGCUGUAAAGUAAUAUUACCCCACUUGAUAAUGUAUGUAUAGACAGACAAAGAACUUAUUUAUAAUUUAUUACAUUUGACAGGAAUGAAA